AUGAAGAUACUAUGGAAUCUGCUGCUUAUCUUUCUGAUUCCUGUCCAGGGGGUCGAAUUGGACCUAGACAACACCGUCUCGGUCAAGAAAGCAUGUUACGCCAUCGCGAAGAACAUGCUCUCGCAUUAUACGGGAUACAAGCCUGGCGACGUGCCUGGUAACCUCCCCGAUCCGUACUACUGGUGGGAAGCAGGGGCGAUGUUCAACGCAUUGAUCGACUACUGGUUCUACACGGGUGACAGCAGAUGGAACAACAUCACAAGUCAGGCAUUGAUAUGGCAAGCCGGUGAAUCUGGGUCAUUUAUGCCCGCGAACCAGACACGGACAGAAGGGAACGAUGACCAGGGCUUCUGGGCAUUUGCCGCCAUGAGUGCGGCGGAGAGGAACUUUCCCAUGCCGCGGGACAAACACGAAACCCCGGGACCAGAUUGGCUUGCCAUGGCACAGGCAACGUUCAAUACGCAGGCGUGGAGGUGGGAUGCACAGAAUUGCGGUGGUGGCUUAAGAUGGCAGAUUUUCACGUGGAAUGCGGGAUACAUGUACAAGAAUACUAUCUCAAACGGAUGCUUCUUCAACCUCGCCGCCCGACUGGCCAGGUACACAGGGAACCAGACGUAUGCUGACUGGGCAACAAAAGUUUGGAACUGGACUCAUGCCGUCGGAUUCAUGACGGACGACUACUCGUUCUACGACGGGGCUAGCAUUGACGGGAACUGCACUAACUUCGACCAUGUCCAGUGGACGUAUAAUGCGGGCGUCUAUCUCCUCGGCGCUGCAGCUAUGUACAACUACACAAACGGCGACCCUCUAUGGAAGCAACGUACAGAAGGCAUAAUUAACGCCGCGCAUAUCUUCUUCGCCGACUCCCCUUCGUCCAAAGAUAUAAUGUACGAACGCGCCUGCGAGUCCAUUAACACUUGUAAAGUCGACCAGCGCGCAUUCAAGGGCUUCCUGGCCCGCUGGAUGGCACAAAGCACCCAGUUCGCACCUUUUACAUACGACAUGGUGAUGCCCAAACUGCGCUCCUCGGCGCUCGCGGCCGCAAAAACAUGUACUGGUGGCAGUGACGGCGCAGAAUGCUCACUCAAGUGGACAGAGCAGAAGUAUACCGGUGGACCUGCAGGUGGGGAUGUGGGGAUCCAGAUGGCGGCGUUGGAGGUUCUCCAGUCGACGCUUAUCCAGAAGGUUGAGCCGCCCGUUACUAGAAAAGAAGGGGGGUUGAGCAUGGGAGAUCCGGCUGGAGGGUCAGAACCGCCGGUGCCUACUCCUGCUUUGUUGGUGAGGGAGAUUGAGACGGGGGACAGAGUGGGUGCGGCACUGGUGACGAUUUUCAUGGCGGGGUGCAUAGUUUGGAGUGUCAAAUGGGCGGUGCAUGAUCCGGGCACUUAA